GAAAUCGGAAUGGGAGGGAAAACUGAAGCGACUCGACAGUUUCCAAAAUUUUGCCCUCUUCUCCUUGCCCGCAUAGCUGAUAGUGAUAGCUCAGUUUGCCCGCCAAUCGCCAAUACCCAACAGCAUGGCGAAUAAGAAAAGAAGAGUUCCGGAAGUUCUUUGGAGGGUAUUCCGGAACCGCGCACGUACACUUUCCGACACGAUCAUUUCCCUCAUUCCUCCUCCGCCUUCUACGGCGGCGCAUUGUCUCUGCAACGGCCGGCGCUGCCUUGGUUGCAGUGGCGCUAACGCAAUGGAGUUUCUUCUUAGACCUACCGAUACCUCCGAUUACCGGAAGCUCCUCAAUCAUUGCUUUGUCGUCAUCGAUGAAAAUGCGCCUUCGUUAUCCGUCUUCGAUCCUCACCACCGGUGGUCCCAGAUUCAGAUUGUUAGAAGAACUAUUGAAUCAAUGAUGUCUGAGAAACCCACUUCAUCUAAUAUAUUGUGCUGUGGCAAUGAUAAGAUGAGCUGCUCAAGUGUUAUGUAUGUGGAAGAGCUUUUGACAUCCUCAGCAUGGUGCCUUUUAUUAAGAAGGAUUGGGGAUGCCCUUAUGGUUUACUUGCUAAGGAAUGCUUCGAUAUUUUUGCCCCUUUCUCAAAAGAAACUCCAUCAAGUUGCAGGUUUUCCUAUCACUGAUUUGUGCUUUUCAUCCUCCAUUCAUACCACCUUGGGCAGUGGAAAGAGAAAAAGAUUCCAUGACAUGCAGUCAAUGUCAGUGAAGCAGCUAUGCCCUAGGCAAAGGUGUAUUGAAGGGGAGUCAUCUAAAGGGACUUUGACAUCCAGUGGAGAUAAUUGCAGUAACGAAGGAGCACAUUCACUUUCUGUUAGCCAAGGUUCCUUAAACCAAGCUGUUUCAUUGAACAGGAAACGGAGAAGACUCCAUAGUUGGCAACGCCAGAGAAAACGUCAGCAGUUGCCAUUUCAAGAAUCCAAUUCCUUGACCACUUGCAGAAGUUCAAUGGAGAAAGGAGACUUACCUGUUACUCUUCAACAUGAAAAAAAUGUCAGUACAACGGGGUGGUGCUCUUGUUGCCUAGUAUUUUCUACUCCAUUGAAUGUCACAGAGGAAGUAAUAAUCAAUACGAGAACCAUGUUCUACAAAUUGGAGAGCUGUUCAUCUCUCUUUCCCAGAAAACACAUACUGAAUUCCUUGAAGCCCAACUCUUCUGGUGCAAAUGAUCUCUUCAAGGAAAUUUUCAGAUCUUAUAGUAAGAUCAAUGGUCAAAUUUCGCCUUGCCUACAUAGCAGCAAGUGCUGUUUCAUCAGAUCAACAUGCUUAUAUCACUCACUUACUCGGCUGUUGAAAGCUCUCAUACGUAAGGCUCAGCACUGUCAACACUUAAGGUUAUUGGAGAAGCACUGUCCUGUUCCAUCAUUUGAUGAAGAUGGCAAAAGAGUUUCCUGCUCUGAUUAUCAGGUGAAUUUAUGUGCAAAAGGUUGUAGUGCGUAUGUGCUUGGUGAUGAAUUUCCAGAACAUUGCUUUAGUUCGAAAGGUUCUGAAAGCCCUGAAGCCCAGCAUUCUCAAUUAAGACCAAGUAAAUGUUAUUCUCUGAAGAAACAGGUUGUAUCUUUUGUUUGGGCAGUUUGCCGGAGUAUUGUGCCUCCAGAUUUAUUAGGAACUCCUUCCAAUUGGCGAAUACUGAGGAAGAAUAUUUCCAAGUUCAUUCAGAUGCGCAGAUUUGAGAAGUUCUCUCUUAAUCAGUAUAUGUAUAAAGAAUGUGGUAAACUUGGUGCCUUAGAUAUUGUGAAACAUAAAGUUCUAGAGUGUUGGAUGUUUUGGUUCUUUUCAUGUCUUGUAGUGCCACUAGUGCAAGCCCACUUUUAUGUAACUGAAACUGAGCAUGAGAAUCAAGAGAUCUUUUAUUAUCGGAAGUCUAUUUGGAAGCAGGUGAAGGUUGAAGCUAUGACUUGCUUAAAAGAUCAGCAGUUCCUAGAAUUAAACGUUGCCUCUGCCCAGAAAAUCUUGAAGAACAGAUCGUUUGGUUUCUCGAAGGUUAGAUUUCUUCCAAAAAAAGAUGGGUUAAGGAUAUUGGAAAAUCUUAAAGCAUCAUCAAGAAUGCCUGUGAAGUUGUCUUCUCAGUCUUGUGAGCAGAGGAAGGUUUCUCUCCUGAGGAAUGUCAAAUAUGACUAUUUUAGGUCGGUAAAUUGUGCUCUUCGUGGUUUGCAUGCAGUGUUAAAAGGAAUACAAAUAAUAGAACCUGCGAAACUGGGUUCAUCAGUAUUUAAUUAUAAUGAUGUCUACAAUAAACUUGUUCCUUUCUUGUUGAUUCUGAAGAAUGGUUCUGCCACAGCACCUGAUGUAUUCAUCGUUGUAUCAGAUGUAGCUAAAGCUUUUGACUCAAUAAAUCAGGAUAAAUUGCUCACUGUGAUGGAGGAUUUUAUAUCAGAUAAUGAAUAUAUUUUAGCAAAAACCAUUGAAGUUGUGUGCACAAAGAAAUCUUUGUGGGUCAAUCAGCACCUUGCUCUUGCACAUGAAAGUAUCACAUCUUCCCUUGCUGCGCGUCCAUGGCAAGGCAUUCUUGUGAAACAGGAAAAAGGCAGAAAAGUGAUGAAAGAUGAGCUUACUUUUUACUUAAAGGAGCACAUAAAACAUAAUGUGCUACACAUGGAUAACAAAUUCUACCUGCAAGGCCUUGGCAUACCCCAAGGAAGUGUUUUGUCUUCUCUGCUAUGUUCACUAUACUAUGGAUACCUUGAAAAGAACUUGAUUUUUCCUUUUCUUAAGAAAGCUUGUAAGCCUACCAGUGGGUAUCAAUCUGGAAAAGGAACUUUUCAUGAUGCUGCAGCUGCAGAAUGUGGUAAUGAAGAUAAAUUUGUAGGAGAUACCCCUAAAAAUCUUCUGCUUAGGUUCAUAGAUGACUUCCUUUUCAUAUCAACCUCAAAGUUCCAAGCUUCUAGUUUCCUCAGCCGACUGAAAAGAGGAUUUCGUGAAUUCAACUGCUACAUGAAUGAAGAAAAAUUUGGACUAAACUUUGACAUCAAUCAUCUAUCAGGUUUGCAAUCCAGUAAACUGUAUGUUGGAGAUGAUGGAAUCGCAUUUCUUAGAUGGAGUGGAUUAUUUGUUAACUGUCGCACUUUGGAAAUUCAAGCAGAUUAUACGAGGUAUUUGAAUAUCCAUUUGAGUUCCACCCUAACUAUCAGCUGGGAAGGUAAACCAGUUCGAGAGUUGAAAUCUAAGUUGUGUUGCUAUCUGCGCCCCAAGUGUCAUCGCAUAUUCUAUGAUUCAAACAUAAACUCAGCAGCUGUGGUGAGACUCAACAUUUACCAGUCUUUCUUGCUUUGUGCCAUGAAGUUCCAUUGCUACAUCUCUGGUCUGGCUAGCAUUGUAAGACUAAGCACCAACUCGUAUAUUGAUGUCCUGGAGACUUCUUUGAGGUACAUGAAGAAGCUGAUAAAGAAAAGGAUGGAGCUUAAUUCUGGUAUUCAGCCUGUACUGGAGGUGGAGAAGUGGGAAAUUGAGUGGCUUGGAUUAACUGCUUAUAUCAGAGUAUUGAACAAGAAACAAUCGCGAUAUCGGGCAUUACUGCCUUUACUAAGAUCUAAGUUGAUUGCAGUUAGAAACUCAGAAUGUGUGUCUUCUGCUCUCAAGUAUGCCACUGAUGAUGUGCACUCAUCUGUGCUUUGGAAGAUUAGGUACUGAUUUAAAGUUCCUCUGCCCUCUCCUUCACUGCUUUUGUAGUGUCAAAUCAUAACUCUUCAAAGACUAGUUUUAUCUAUUGCCAGUAUUCAUUCCCAGUUGAACAUGUUCAUUGCCCAGUUCUUUUGGGAUGUUUUAUUGUUUGAGACAUUAAAUUUUACUCUCUGCUCUCACCUUGUUCUGUGAUAU